AUGGAUAAUAAUGAUGUUGGAGAGGAAAUUAUUAAUGAAAACAUUAAUGUAGACAAUGUCAUCCAAAUACCUAGGUAUCAAGGAGAAGGAAGUUGCACAAGACCAAGAUACAUACCAGGGAAGACUACCCGGUUUAGUGUCAAGGUUAUGCCUAAUCAUAUACCUAAACAAGAAGAAGUGACUCUUGAACCUAUAAGUCAAACUGGUUAUAAACUUAAGCUAGACGGUGUAAGAGAUAGACAAGAUGUUUUAGAUCAAUGGAAGAAGGGUAUGAGUAGUGUACUUAAUUUAAACACUGAAUGGACUUCAGAAAAUUUCUUAAACUAUAUCGAACAUAGUCUUUAUGGCUGUGUAGAAGACUGGUACGAUGGAAUAGAGGAAGAAGUCAAAACUGUAUUAAGAGCUAGUGAAUCACCUACUAGAAUGUUCAGACAAUUAUGUCAAUACAUUGAGAUAGAAUUCAUUGGUCCUAGAGCAGAUCCUAAUGAAAAACGAAUGGAAUAUAAAAGGAAGUUAAGUAAUUUGUCCAUCUGUAAUAUUAAAUAUGUUGAUGAUUACAUUAUGGAAUUUGAAACAUACUAUUAUAAAAUUGGUGAAAAUGAAACAAAUCUUGGAAUGUUCUAUGACAAAUUACCCAGUCCUCUUAAUGAAGAGAUUAGUGAAAAAUAUCAAGAAUGGAGAGAGAGAUUUUUAGCUAGGGAUGCCCUAGGUAACAUAAUUGCUUUCCUUAGAAAAUGGAUUGAAAAGAAAUGUAGAGAGGUUGCAGGAACUCAACAAAUGAAGAGACAAUUUCUCACUUGUUGGGAUUUCCCAAAUAAUUAUGGAUGUGAAAGAAAAAAUUAUAAUAAAAGAAGGAACUAUAAGAAAAAUAAAUAUGACCGAUCAAGAGGAGAAACCUAUAAGAAGAAGUAUUAUAAACAUAGAUAUAGAAAGCCAAGUAGGUUUUUCAGAAAGGCAACAUAUUGUCCUGAGAAAAAGAAAACAUGCAAGUGUUGGUCUUGUGGAGAACUAGGACAUUAUGCCAAUGAAUGUAAGAAAGCUAAUCAUAAACUAAUGGAAGCCUUAGGAAAUUGA